GAGGGUCACAUGGGCAUCUUUUGGAUGCUGUGUGUAAAUGAUUUAGCAAUCUUUCCUCUCAGUGCCAACCCUACAGAUUCCCUCAGUGUUCCUAUAAAUCUCAUAUCAUAUUCAACUAUGAUUAUGAAAUGCAUCAGAAUUUACAAAAGAGCUGCAGAAUAAGUUUGACACAAAAAAAAUCAAAAGUACAUAAAAUUUAAGUAAAUAAGAGAAGUAGAUGCACACAGGAUAUAAAAACCUGUUACUAAAGAAAAUUAAAAUCACAAAUUAAUAAAACAAAAAAUGAAUGUUUCAAAUGAAUUUACAUUUACAGAUCCAUCUCACACAUAACUCAAUCCUUUGAAAUGUUGCCUCAUUUCUGCAUGUGGCCCACGCUGAGCCAUUCACAGGCCUGCUUAUUCAACUAGGGGUGUGGCAUUACUGGAGCACUAUAAAUAAUGCAUGUGAAGAAGAUUUUCUCAGAACCUGGACAAACCCACUCCACAGUGGUGGAGCACUCAUAAAUCAAACCUACCCAGCAGGCUCGCCAUGCUCAGAUCACACACUCCUACUCUGCUCAUCGCUUAUACCUUGCUGGUCCUGUUGGCUUCCACCUCAGGGGGAAGGCAGCCUGACACAGCCCAGCAAGGCCUGCUUGAGACUGGCAAGAUCGAUGACCGGAGGGUCCAAAUUCUGGAGGCGGUGAAGAAGGGGAUCCUUGGCUCUUUGGGUUUGGACAGAGAGCCAAGGCCUGCCAUGAAGGCCUCACAGAGGGAGCUGAGGAAGAUGUUCAAGUUUUACAGGGAAAAACUGAGCGAGAUGAGUAAAAACUCCAGCCAGUCAAUGAGGGAGACCUGGCAGUCCAACAUAUCUACUGUGCUCUUUCCAGUGGAGCCAUUGCAGGUGUUUCGGAGGGGUGACCAACGACACAUUCUUUGGUAUCAAGCUGUUUUCCAAAAGAAUCAAGAAAUUCACCCUGAACUGACUCUAGCACAAGCACAGCUGAGAGUGUCCGGGCCUUUUUUAGGUAGUCUCACAUCAGUCAAGGGUAAAGCUGGAAGAUAUAUCAAAAUUAAAAUCAAUGGGAUGAAGCCAGUAAACUCUGCUGCAUGGAGCUACACUGACUCAGGGGCCAAAAACAGCAUUUUCAUGACCCAAGAUGUGACUUUAGACAUCAGCCCUGAGGCAAGGAGAUGGAUAUGGACAGAUGAUCAAACACUGAUUGUUCAUGUAGGGGUGGUUCCACUUAAUGGAAAAGCAAGUCACUUAAAGCCUGCUAUUACUCUGGAACAGGACCUGAAGAAUUCUCUCCCUGCUCGGGCCAUUAGGCUGCGUCGCUCCAACAAGGAAGAUAAUUGUGACGAGCAAGGGUGGUGCUGCCGGAAGUCUGUGACUGUGUCCUUCAAAGACAUUGGCUGGACAGACUGGGUGGUAGCACCGUCCGAGUAUACGAUGCAUUUCUGUGAUGGCACCUGCCCCCACAACUACAAGCCGGCCAGCAUGCACACGCAGGUGAAAUCCCGUCUGCACCAGAUCACAAAGGGAGGGACGCCUCGCCCCUGCUGCGUGCCAGCAGCUUAUGAGCCCAUGGUGCUGAUGCACUACGACAGCAGGGGAAAGCUGAAAUUAACUCCAUACAAUGACCUCAUUGUCACCAAAUGUCACUGUGCCUGAGGACAACAUGCAAUCCAUCCAUCCAUCCAUCCAUCCAUCCAUCCAACCAACCAACCAACCAACCCUCUUUUUUAGGGUUAUGGCAUUGAAUUAAACGCUAAAAAAUAAUCUUGUGUAACAGAGUAAACAAAUGUUCAUUCUUAUAAAAGUGGGUUUCAUUACCCAUAUUAUUACUUGGCUAAAUUGAAAAUGUGUUGCCCUGCGAUGUAUUGGUGACCAGUCCAGGGUGUACCACGCCUCUCGCCCGUCAACUGCUGGAGAUAGGCACCAGCUCCCCUGUGACUCACUAUGGAAUAAGCGGUAUAGAAGAUGAAUGAAUUAAUAAAUUGAAAAUGUUAGUGCUGCUCUACAAAUUCUAAAAAACUAAAAAACAGGUAUUUAUUUAAUGUUUGUUUAUUUAUUAUUUAUGUUAUUUGAUCACUGUUGCGCUCUGUUACCCCAUUUUUAUUGAUUUUAUUGCACUGAACUGUAUUGUUUUAUAGAACUUUGAUAUUCUAAGUACUGUCUUUCACAUUUCAAUAACUGAAAACCUAAAUAAUAAACCUUUUAAUUUUUUAAAACUGAAGUGUUUUUCUUGAAUUUAUCACCAUGCAAACCUCACAAUACUGACAUUAUUACGUUCUAGAGCGUGCAAUGCUGUGUUCAUGUCCAGCAUGGAGAAUC